CCUGCAAGGAGACCGGAGUUAGGGACAGCGGGGUCACCUCCAGCUCCCCGGAGCCCUCUGCGCCCCCACAGCCGUCCCCUGGGCCCUGGGGACAUGUCCUGCUGCUGGCACAUCCCCUGGGCCUUGGGGACAUGUCCUUCUCCUGGCACAUCCCCUGGGCCUUGGGGACAUGUCCUGCUCCUGGCACAUCCCCUGGGCCUUGGGGACAUGUCCUGCCACCCCCGCCCAGCAGCCCAGACUGCCCCGAGGGAAGCGUUGGAGCCUUUAUUAGCGAAGCAGGAAUACAGCACGGCGCGGCCCCGCGGUUACGGGAUCGGCUCCGGGCCCUGGAAGUGACAAUUCCCGUGGGUUUGGGGGUCCCCAGGUCACCCCGGGGCUGGAAUUGUCCCUGCACGGGGACCCAGGGGUGUGGGGGUCACCCUGGUUAUUGCUGAAAGCUGGGGGGGCUGUGGGGGGCACGGGAAUGGGGGAGCCCACGGUCAUGGGAAAGGGGUACUGGGAUCCCAAAAACUGCACUGGAACCCCAAAAACUGCACUGGAAUGGGAGCAUUGGGAUCCCAAAAACUGCACUGGAAUGGGGGCACUCGGAUCCCAGAAAUCACAUGGGAAUGGGGGCACUGGGAUCCCAAAAACUGCACAGGAACCCCAAAAACUGCACAGGAAUGAGGGCACUGGGAUCCCAAAAACUGCACUGGAAUGGGGGCACUGGGAUCCCAGAAACUGCACUGGUCCCAUGGGAAUGGGGGUCCCACAGUUGUGGUGGUCCCGUGAGAAUCCCAAAAACCAGGCUGGUCCCACAGUUACGGGAUCCCAUGGGAAUGAGGAUCCCACAGUUGGGUCCCAUUUUCACAGGGAUCCCACAGGAAUGGUUCUCCAGUCACAGGGAUCCCAUGGGAAUGAGGAUCCCAAUGGGGAUCCCACAGUCAGGUCCCAUUUUUACAAGGAUCCCACAGAAAUGGGGAUCCCAAGGGAAUGGGGAUCCCAUGGGAAUGGGGGGUCCCAGAACCACAGGGAUCCCAUGGCACUGGGGAUUCUAUGGGAAUGGGGAUCCCCCAGGAAUGGGGGUCCCAUGGGAAUGGGGGUCCCACAGGAAUGGAGGGUCCCAGAAUCACAGGGUUCCCAUGGCAAUGGGGAUCCCACAGGAAUGGUUCUCCAGUCACAGGGAUCCCACGGGAAUGGGGAUCCCAGAACCACAAGGAUCCCACAAGAAGGAGGAUCCCAUGGGAACGGGGUCCCAGAACCACAGGGAUCCCUUGGCAAUGGGGAUUCCAUGGAAAUGGGGAUCCCACAGGAAUGGGGAUCCCAUGGGAAUGGGGAUCCCAGAAUCACAAGGAUCCCACAGGAAUGAGGAUCCCUUGGGAAGGGGGUCCCGAUGUCCCUGGAGCUGUCGCUGGGUUUGGGGCCCUGCCCCAUCCCCCAGAGCACCCCAAAUCCGCCCGCAGGGAGCGAUCCCGGCUGGGCUGGGGAGGGCUCAGGGAUCGUUCCCGGGGUUCCUCCUCCCCCAGGGAAGGCUCAGGGAUUGUCCUGGGGUUCCCUCAGGGAUCGUUCCCGGGGUUCCCUCAGGGAUUGUCCCCAGGGAAGGCUCAGGGAUCGUUCCUGGGGUUCCCUCAGGGAUUGUCCCCAGGGUUCCCCAGGGAGGGCUCGGGGUUCCUGGGGUUCCCUCAGGGAUUGUCCCCAGGGAGGGCUCAGGGAUUGUUCUGGGGUUCCUGGGCCUGCCCCGGGCCGGGGAGGGGAUUUGGGGGGGCUGCCGGGGGUCUAGGCCCCGUAGUGGGGGUGCAGGUUGUCAAUGACGGACUUGACGAAGUCGGAAGUGGUGGAGUAACCGCCCAAAUCCCGAGUCCGGACCUGCAAAUCCAACAGAGGGAGGGGAAAAACGGGAGAAAGGAGCUGUGAACGCAGGGAAUGGGCUGGGAGAG